GGGGUAUUGAAAUGUGCACGUGACGCGCCGGAAGUGAUGCUGACAACUCCGAGAAGUGCCGUGAACGCAGCAUAAACUUCGGUUUCACUUUUGCAGCCAUGGCGGUGUUGUUUUCUUCUCCGAAACCUGAGGCUCACGCGACGGACCGCACGGAUUCAACCAGUCGGCCAGAACCACGUGGACCCACCUCAGAGUGAGGUCUGGGUCCGGCUUGGACGUUUCCGCGAACGGAAGCGGCGUUCAUGACUUGUUAGUGCGGCUCGCAACAAGCUAACGCCCGCAACACGACACGGUCCAGAGAGGAAGCUCACCGCCUUCACUCCGCGGUCCUCUCGCUGCCAUGUUGGGACGUGACUAAGCUUCUGUGCUGCUGGUUCUACUGGAAGCGAGCUAACGGAGCAGCUCGGGGAAGGAGGAUGGAUGGUGUCAGCUGGAGCACCACCAGGGCCCAGGAGUCGUUCAGCCGCUCUAAGACUGCAGCAGACACGCUGUCGAGGCUGGCCAGCUUCAUCGCACGGGCUGACCCGAAACAGCCCACACCGAAGCAGACACUGAAACAGAGGCAGCAACCGUCCCACCUGGACACGCAUGUGUGUCAGGAAUGUGGUAAGGACUUCCCUUAUGCCACAGAGCUGCUGCACCACCAGGAAGUCACACACACACUACCCAAGCCUCACAGGUGUCCGUCCUGUGGGCAGGAGUUCUCCCUGAAGUCGUCCCUACAACUACACAAGUGCAAUCGUGACUCUUCCCUGUGUGAGCUUUGUCCUGUAGAGUCACAGCUGGGUUCUCCGUGUCCCUCGGGUACAACCUCAGUUCCUGAGUCACCUCACCUCCUGGACGGUAGCCCUUACGCGUGUGCCCCAUGUGGGAGAGGCUUCAGCCAGAAGCAGGCUCUGCUGCACCAUCAGCAAGCUGGUUGUAGUGAACCACCAUACCCGUCAGAUAUAGUUAAUGCAAGUAUCUUUCCAGAUGAUUCUCCGCCAGUUUCUGAGGGAGACUCAACCCGCUCUGAUUGCUCAGACACCCCAGGGACCAGCAGCCGAGCUGUCGGCAUGUGCCAGCUUUGUUCGACAACGUUCCGCACAAAGACCGCGCUGCAACGGCACAAACAGACUCACCAUGCAGAACAGGGGCGAAAGACCAAAGGAGAAAGUACUGAUGGCGAGGCGAAGAAAGAGCGGAAUACCACGGUGAACAGGGAUCUAAUUAAAAUGCCAAAAUCCAGAACAAAGCUUCUGGACUGUCGUUCUUGUGACAUGGUUUUCAGGAGCAUCUCUAAGCUGUACAUGCACAGAAAAGAGAAGCACAGCAGAGAGAAAAACAUUCUGAGAGAACCAAGGCCGGUCGUAAUCAAGCGCAGGAGAGUAUGCACGUAUGCAUGUCAGGUCUGCAGCAAAGUCUUCUUGCAUCAUUUGUCACUUAGGGCACAUUGCAGACAGCACACAGCCUCAAGCGUCACCACAAUCCAAAACACAAGUCUGCCUGUAGGAUGUACCACCAAAGACUCAGAGUUAUCAGGUAAAGUAAAACCCAUCAUAGCAGAAGACAAGCCUGUGAAGGCUGGUCCAGGGAGGCCCAGGAAAGUGGCCAAAGUAGAGAACAAGGCUCCUGGUCCAGGGAGAUGCAGACACGUGCCUGAAGUGGAGGAGGAGGAGGAGGAGGACGAUGAACUGGAGAGGGAGUUCCCAUGCCCCUCAUGUGCAGAGGUUUUCUCUCUGCAGUCGCAGCUCCGGGAGCACGUGGAGCUCCACCAGUCCUCCGUGAAGAGGAGGCAGUGCAGCGUGUGCACAAGCGAGAUGGACACCUGUAAAUGGCCAGGCUCCAAGAGGCAGAGGCUAUACCACUGUGUGCCUUGCCAGCAGGGUUUUUCAGCCCUGGACUCCUUCCUAGAACACUGUCAGGAGCACCUGCGAGUCCGGGUGGAGGAGGACAGCAUCACAGAGGGCUACACGCAUCAGGCCAACAAAGCCUGAGAUCCAGUUUGAAUGUUGUCAGCCAUUUGCCUUUUUGCGUUGAGGAAUUUGAGUGAUGAGAUCUCUUAUGAUGCUUGUGUUGAUUUACCAAUUCACUGAUGGGGCAUUUAGUUUGUAAACCUGCAAGGUCGGUUUAAAGCUCUCCAUACCAUGUCAAGGUUUGAAUAGAAUGACUUGUUAAAGGACCAUGCCUGGCUUUUUGCAUGUUUUAUUUGGGUGUUUCACUAUAAAACACAAACUUCACUGCCAACCAUAUAAAACAUACCAUAGUUAUUUUUUAGAUAUUCAAAUGUGUUCUACAUUCUAGGCAGCCACCUGUUUCUUGUCCAGUAAAUCAGCUUGUGUGAAAUCAUUACAGGGACCAUUUAGGCAGAGGUUUGCAUUUCAAAGGACACCAUGUGUAAGAAUCCGACGAGCACUCGUUUGCUCCAGUAAUUAUCAAAAUCCAUCUCACCUUUUAUUACUCCAUAGAUUUGUAUGAUUAAACAUAAAUCUAAGGUUCACGGUGGUGGAUCACGUAUUCUGGCGUCUCUGCAAGUUGUUUUUCAUACUUGAGUGAAAUGCAUUGAAACCUUUAGCAGCCUCACAAAUAGAUUAAAAAACAUGCAAAAACACUUAUAUAGUUGUUUCAUAGAAAUGGAACCUCCACUCUACACAUCAGGACCUAGUUUCCCAAAUGCAUCUUGAACCUCGGAUGCUCUUAGCCUGAUGGUGCUUUUUAGGAAAUGAGGCCGUCUGCACCGUCAUGGUACGUUCUACAGUACCGCCAGAUAUAUAGUUUGUCAGUCUAUUUUUACACCAAUGUCUGGAGUACUUUUGCUAAGUAAGGUCACAUGUCUUCUGCUGUAUUUUAGUUAUUUUUCUUACACAUUUGGCAAUAAUUAGUCACAGAUUGGUGGGAAGUGUGGCAUGUUGUUAGGGCACUAGAUGAAAAGGUCCGGCUUUGGUCAAGACUGCAAAGCGUUAGCACUUGCUGCCCCAAAGUAUAACAUGUUGAUGUGUUUUGAGCAUUUAUAUGUGCUGUUCAGAGGCUCCAACAUGUGUUUAGUUAUCAUCAUAGAGGGAUCAAACUUUGAAUGGCUGUCAUGGGUAGUUCUAUCCAGUACAACGUCUUCAAUAAGGCCGGUCUUUUUAGCUGGCAUGUACUGGAAUGAGAUUAGCCAGCUAUGCAAGCAGAUAGCCUGCUGGCAGCCCUUCAGUUCGUUUGGGACGCUUGAAAGGUGUGCUUUAGUGAAUUAACAAGGAUCAACAUGAGGUUGUUGUUCUUCAGGAUUUUCUGUUUUCAAAGUUUGACUGAAAAUGUAAACCAUGAUUUAAGGGGUUUGAUGCUUCUACUUUUCUUUUUUCAAGGUCUUUACAUUUGUGUAUGGCUCUUUAUAGAUGAAUAUAAUUAAAACGAUUCUCA